UUUUUUUACUCGUGGCUGAUAAACACAUCUGAAACAGCAGUAUUUCAGUGGAUACAGAAUUACAGAUACACGGAUUGAGCUAAUGUUAUCCGAGGCAAAACUCCAAUGUUAUGAAAAGGGGGGUUGGAAAGUGAUGUGGACGGUUGGGUUAGGUGAUCCUUACCUUUCUGGUUUCCAUGACACUCUGAACGACAGUUGCAGGACUGGAGUCUUCAUCGAGGCACUUUCUUCACAAGAGACAGUAAUGCCUCCGAUUGAUUCAGCUGGACCAAGCUCCAUCCAGGAUGGCUUGGCAAGCGCCAUGAAGAAGCGCAACAGGCCUCAGUAUCACCGAUUUACUCAGCAACAGCUUCAAGCAUGCAAGCCUAUACUCACACCCCAGACUGCUAUUCCUGUACUUGUGUUUGUGGGCUUAAUUUUUAUUCCGAUAGGCCUUGCUUGCAUCGCAGCGUCAAAUAAGGUCAUUGAAGUGGUUGAUCAAUACGAAACUAUAUGUGUACCAGGAAACAUGCUUCACAACAAAGUUGCUUAUAUCCAAAAUCCUUCGAUAGAUAAGACCUGCACAAGGAUUCUCAAGAUCCCUAAGGAUAUGAAGAAGCCAAUCUACAUAUAUUAUCAGCUUGAUAAGUUCUACCAGAACCACAGAAGGUAUGUGAAGAGCCGUAGCAAUAACCAGCUGAGAGACCCUAAGAUGGUCAGCGACACAAAGUCUUGCAAACCUGAAGCUACUGAAAGUGGGAACCCCAUUGUCCCCUGCGGACUCGUAGCAUGGAGCCUGUUCAAUGACACAUACAGCUUCGCUCGUGGCAAUGAGAUGCUAAUGGUGAACAAGAAGGGUAUUUCAUGGAGGAGUGAAAGGGAGCACAUAUUUGGUAAGCAUGUGUAUCCAAAGAACUUUCAGAAUGGGACUCUGAUUGGUGGUGGCAGGCUUGAUCCAAGCAAACCUCUGAGUAAGCAGGAAGAUCUGAUCGUCUGGAUGCGAACCGCGGCGCUCCCAACGUUCCGGAAGCUGUACGGAAGGAUCGAGGUGGACCUCCAGGCCGACGAGCUGAUAACAGUGACGACGCAGAACAACUACAACUCGUACAGCUUCGGCGGGAAGAAGGCGCUGGUGCUGUCCACCGCCGGCGUGCUGGGAGGCAAGAACAGCUUCCUCGGCCGCGCCUACGUGAUCGUCGGCAUGGCCUGCCUCCUGCUGGCGCUGCUCCUGACGCUGGUCUGCGCCGUCUUUCCAUUGAAAGAGGAAGACCUCUUGCUCCAAUACCCUCCGUCCCGACUUGCACGAUGAUCAUGCUUCUAGUCGUGUAUAUGUCGAACAGAUUCGUUCUCUAUCCUGAUUGAUGAUUGCGUAGCUGCGUAGCUUGGAUUGAUGAUUGUUUUUUUGUAGCAACAGCUGUGUAUAUAUCCAACAGAUUACAUGCAUGUGUGCGGUUUGCAA